CUUUGAAAGUGAAACUGCCUAGAUAGUUUCUUUUCUCUUAGAUAGUUACAGAGCUGAAGAAACGUCAAGGAAUCAUGGAAGCUUAUGGUAACAUAAUGGAUGUCGACACCACCGGGGCUUCUCUUAAAACUGCAAAACAAGAAGGCCUGAGUUAUGGUGGAGCUGCAGCUUCAGAAAUAAUUGCAGAAAGAGACUUAAAGAAUCUAGAGAAAUAUAAAACAAAGAUUGAGGAUGUCAGUAGAAAAACAGGUAUUGAUGCAGCUGUGAUUGCUGGUAUAAUCACCCGAGAAUCUCAUGGUGGAACUGUGCUGAAGGAUGGUUGGGGUGACCAUGGAAAUGCAUUUGGUUUGAUGCAGGUUGAUAAAAGAUUCCACCAUCCAGUUGGCACAUGGGAAAGUGAGGAGCACAUUAAUCAGGGUUCUCUCAUUUUACGUGAUAUGAUAAAGAGCAUCCAAAAAAAAUUUCCGCAGUGGACUAAGGAACAACAGCUCAAAGGUGGAAUUUCAGCGUACAACGCAGGAACUAAAAAUGUCCGGAGCAAUGACCAGAUGGAUAUAGGCACAACAAAUGAUGAUUAUGCCAAUGAUGUUGUUGCAAGAGCCAAGUUUUACAAAACACAUGGAUUCUAAUAAGCUUUUAAAUGGGAUUGUAACACAAAUUAAAUUUUUUUAACUUAAACUUUUGUAUACAUUAUCCAUCAGAUCAUCACAUUCUUUUUUUCCUUGACAAUUAAACAAAGAUGCAUCAACUUUUAAAGAAAACUUAGGAAAAUGUUAUAUUACUACCUUAGUUAUUGACCAGGCUGUUUUAAAAUGGCCAUGAUUGACGAUGAUGGUGGAAGCUUAAGUGCAUUUACUUAAGUUUAUAAAUUGAUGUAAGUUUUCUAUAAAUGGCCUUUUAUUUAAAAACCACUACUUAUUUGAUUUACAUUUCUGAUUUUUCUUCCUUCAAGCUUGUUACUGCAACUUAUAGGAGAUAAUAUGACGUAUUAGCUAUGAACUGGGAAAUGACCAGUUCAGAUAUUUGCCUCUUCUGUUAACUAGCUAGGGAGGCCUUAAGACAAGCCAGUAUUUA